GGCCUGACACUUCUACACCAAAGAAAACCGAUCGAAAAAUGUUAUUUUUUAUUCCCAUGCGCAUACCUUUCCAACUUGAUUCCUCGAGGGGAGUUCAGUCGGUAUGUGGUCGUUGAGCGGUUGAGUUGUGUAUCCGUGGAUCUGCGUCGGGCUUUCAUGAGUUUCUUACCGUUGUUGUUGCAGUGAGCGUGAAGAGAGGGAUUCUGAACUGGCCCGAAGGUGAUCCGGGGCCGAGAGAAGAUGAUCUUUUGAUAGCUAAUUAGCAUUCGAUCGAAGGUGUUUUGUGUGGAUUCUUAUUGGGAUAUUCGGUACGAUUGCGUAACCUGUGUUUAUUUAUGCUGAUUCAGGCGCAAUAAUUGGAUUGAAUUGUUCUCGGAUUGUUUUUACGACAAGGAAGUGAUUUGCGUGCGGAGGAAAAUCUAAGAAACAGGAAAAUACUUCUGUCCUUCUGUUGGCCGUUUGCAGGUGAUACUCAGUGUGUGCAAUUACUGUUAUAAAGAAUUACGGUUCAUAGGCAAGGUAAUUUGCGCAGAAAAGUGAUCGUCGCCAAUUUGCCUUUUUCUUGGAUAGAGAUAUUGUGCAAGGAAGACCAGAAGAAUAAGGUCGAAGCUGUGUGGAAGAAGAACAAGAAGAAAACGGAGAAUAGAAAAAAAGAAGUUGUGCAGCAAGCAGUCAGUGGAGUGUUCAAACGAGAUUGUCAGAGCGGAUUACUUUACGAACACCAACUGCAGAAACAGAGUGGCAGAGUGCGAAGGAUUUUCUCAACCAGUCAGUUGGAAUUUCUGCUAAUCCCGCUGUCGUAGUAUUGCAUGCACAUUGCUGCUGGACGCCAGUCGGUGGAACUGUAAAGCUGUGUAAAGGUGGCCCCAAAAGGAUUUCCUCCAAGUGACGUCACCAAUUGAGUUGCAUAAGAUCAGCGGUAGAACAAAAGAGACAACUGAUGGUUCUCGAUGUUUAUCUGCGCCACCUGUAGCUGUACCUCAUCGGGGAAGUAUGAGAUUAAGAUCAUGUGAUGAACACCGGCUUGCUGCGAUUCGACUAUUGACGACUGACGACCGCGUGGUGAGCUAGAUUCGCCCACUACUGCUGGCAGUAGGCCUUUGUUUUGGUCUAUGCAUUCGCGCCAGCACCUGCGAUGGCACUGCGAUUACGCAAGGAUGUUCAGAAGGCAUCCUACUACGUGUGGUUCCUCGGAGCACAGGAAGCGAAAGGACUGCGGGGAUCUCGCGUUCUUCUGCCGGUCAUUCCGCGGCUAAUCGAGAAGAGCAAAGAGCAUGAACCGUUGAAAGUUACGCUACAGGUGUCGCAUAAGGGAUUGAAAAUUAUUCAAGGAUCAGCUAAACACUUCAUCCCGCACGGUGCUAUAACGAGUUCUGUCCAGACGGAGGAUAUCGUGGCGUGCAUACUGCUGUUAUACAAUCCGGCCACGAAAUGUCCCCUGCACGUGCACGCCUAUCGGUGCGAUUCGGAAAUGACCGCUCAAGCCCUGAACGAACAACUGCAGAUACUGAUCAAUAGACCCGAAAACCAGAAGAGAUUCGCCGAGCUAGAAACUAGACUGGGCUUACCAGCGCAAUUAACAGCAUCGGUUGUGAGUGCGGGUCCGGAAAGAAAGCCGCAGCAUCACCACCAGCAGUCGCAGCAGCAUCCAGCGCAGAUGUCGAGGAGAUUUGAUUCGCCACGCCGGUUUGACUCAUCGCACGGAAGCGACACCGGUACAAGUACCAGGGAAUCGGAAUGCAGCGAGGAACAACAGCACUCGCCGACGUCGCCCAUAUCGCCCAUAUCGAGCCAAUCCAAACUUUAUGACUCGCUGGCCGCCGAACUGCGGGAGAAGCUGAGCGGAGGGGUUCCCUUGCUGCUGCCGACCCGGGACUGCGAUAAGGCCAACAGCAACGACUCGCGGAGAUGUCGCAAUCCGUGCAUUGUUGGUUCUCUGCCGUCGAUGGGCAACAAGAAUGGUGUAUCGUCCCGGGGAUCCUCCGGAAUCGGAUCGGACCUGGCACCCAGUCCAGAACGCCAAGAAGCACACAGCUCCAGUGAAGAGGAAUGGGUCAACGAUCAGGAGCCACGAUUCGGAGUUCCAUCGCAUCAAGCAUCCGGAAGAACUAAGGAACGGUAUGUCGAAGAGCAUACACCUCACGUGAGCAAGUACCGUGAGGCUCCAACGUCCUACUUGUAUCCAAACGUAAGGCAGGAGCCACAGGGACGGUUCCAGCGAUCGUCAAGUCGAGAAGAAGAUCAAAGCUUGCGAGGAUCAGUAAACUCUCGCGAGGAAGAAGUCAAACCGAUCAUAACCAAACCAACUCCUCUGCAAAAUCGAUUCCGAGAGGCUUUCGGAAAUGAAGAAUAUGUGGUGGAGGAUCGUAAGAAAAAGAUCACCCUUGAGGACAAACGGUACGAUCAAGAGGAAGAUCGGAGAAGGUCAAGACGUCAUGAAACCGAAAGAGGAGAAAAUUACAUGUACAAGAAAUCAAACGGUGCAGGCAAAUAUUAUGACGGGUAUGAGAAUGAGAAGGCACGUUAUCGAGAAAAUUUAACCGAUCGUCAAAAGUUCCAUGAGAUUAUUUCCGAGUCAACAAAGUAUCGAGAUGAGUCACCUAAGCAUAGAGGAAUGCGAGAUGACUAUAGAGAAUACUCACCAGAGAGGGUUCCGAGGAACAAAUACGCAGCUCCUUACGAUGAUCACCGAGAUUUCAAGAUUGAGCGUGACUAUAGGGAUCCAAUGAAAUCAUCUUCCAAGAGAGAACAGCCAUACAUACGAGAUGAGAGCCCUGAUGAUCGCUUUAGAGCUGGUUACAACGAUCGCAGAGCGUACAAAGAAACCGAUCCAAUGGCAUAUCGAGAUACAACUGAUAAGAAUGUAAAAAUCCCUUUGUCUCGGUUCAAAUCAUCCGAAGAGAUCAAACAUAGCCGUGAAAGGUACGAUGAUCGCUGGGAGCGGCAGCCCAUGUACCCUGAAGAUCGCAGCUCAGACGACAAAUAUCGAGAAUCAUCCGCUCGCUAUCGGGACGAUAUUAAAAAAUCUCCUGUCAUGAAGAAAAUUGAAGCGAGAACGAAGAUGGUAGAAAUCAAAACCAGCUCGCCAGAGUCAACAAUUCGCAAAGUUUCGCCGAAGGAUAGAUUCCAAAAUGCAAAGGAAAAGUUCCAACAGAUGGAACGAGAGCGUCAUGAAGAGGAACGUAUCGAAAGGGAACGCCAGGAACGAGAGCAAAUGCUGCAUAAUAAACGAGCCGCUGAGGCGCCGAGAAGAAGCUCCCUGGAGCCGGUUGUAGUGAGUUCGCACGAAAGUAACGGCUGGAGUUCCGAGGAGGAAGAAGUGCAGAACAUCCGACCGAGGGGCCCUCCUCGAUCGUCCAACAGUGGCGGAUACCGUGAGCUAGAGAACACUGAGCGUUACCCGGGACUGGAUCGUGAACCUCCAAUGUCUUCGUCUCGAAUGAUGCCAGCCAAGAGCCUCGGAAAUUUGGCAAAAGGCUACCGCCAUAGUUACGCCGAGCCACGACCUCCGCCGGUUUCGAGAAGCAGUGGCCGCGUUGGGUUAGCCGCCGUCAAUCCAUAUUGAGAGGAUUCUACUAUUGUUUGUGUAUGUAAAAUCAAUGCGUUUUCUUUUUUGUUGCAUGCAAUUAUAUUGUGUAUAUAAUCUGAAGUGAAUUCACGCAAUUCUUGGUCUGGCGGAAGGCUCAAGUCACUGCCCAAACCGUGGAACAAUAGUCUUUCUUUAGCAAAUGCUCACAUAGUAUACACAGAAUACAUGUUUCGAAGUGCCUUAUAUAGUAAUAAUCUGCAUUGAGUGAAAGCAAUUGUCUAAACAGCGUUGUAAAAGCAAUUAUCGAACGAAGAGUAAAUAAAUGAUUGGAAGACCUAA